AUGAGCUGUCUGGGCGACUGUCUGGAUUUAGGCCCUCCGCCAGAUUCCAUUCUUUUCCUACCUCCUCCUCCGAUUCCUUCCUUCCUCCAGCAGUCUCUGCCGGAUCUUCUGCUGAACACCACGCCGUGUUCCGCCGCGCAAAUAUGCGAGUCCACGUCGGCGCCCAAUAGGAUACCAGAAAGCGGCGAUUACAUCGAAUUGCCAAGAAAAGACGUAGAAGCUUGGUCGGGAAUCGGCGAUACUUGGCUGCUUGUACUAGUAGCCUCUUCCAUAGGGGUGCUGAUACUGGGAGCUCUGUUGGCCAUGUUCCUCCUAAAAUGUAGAGAAAUGAACAUGUUCGGUGGCAACGAUUGCUCCUCGCACCGCCAAAUGAAGAACCACCCGGAGCCGAGAGAGUGCGCAGGAGUGCCCACUUUGAACGGCACCAAGAUGGUGCACGCCUCCGAUACCGUCCUGUACCACGGCGGUAGCCUGCAGGACAACAGAAUGGUGUGGGCCACGCUGACGCCGAGAGGCACCCAACAUUUCAUAUCCGAGAACUUUCCUCCGGACUUGAUAGACUACGGCGAUGGAGAGGAUCACUAUGAGAGUAUCGAAAACGUUGAAGCGGUACCGCCGGUGCCGCCGUAUCCCAAAGGAACCUCUUUUUCAGCGUUAGAAAAAUCGAGUUUUGACAAUUCUGGGUUCCUAGAUUACGAGUACGAGGACCCAACGCCGCUGAUCGAAAGUUACCAAUUAAGCAACAUCGAACCGGAAUCGUCGCACUACCAAAUGAUCGGUAACGGUAACACCGACAUGCGUUGCUCGAAUCUCAAUUCGUUGAGGCGACACGCGCCCGUCGUCGCCCGACCGCGUGUCUCCUCGCCGACGAGAAUAGAGCACCCGAAUUUGCCGCCGUUGAAUCUCUACCCGCACAAGGGCACGCUCAAAAAGAACGGCACUUUGAGCUACAGAGCGGUGGAGAGCAACGCUCUGCCGAAGUACGGCUUGUAA